UUGCUGCGCGGUUUCCGGGCGACUUGUGUCUUACAUGCGGCGCUGCGUCCGGAGUUGCUGACAGCCAUGGCCCCGCGGGUCUGGCGUCGACGGACCCUGGAGCGGUGUCUGAAGGAAGUCGGUAAAGCCACUGGCCGGCCAGAGUGCUUCCUCACGAUUCAAGAUGGAUUAGCAUCAAAAUUUACUUCUUUAACAAAAGUACUUUAUGACUUUAAUAAAAUACUAGAGAAUGGUAGGAUCCAUGGGAGUCCUUUACGGAAACUUGUGAUAGACAAUUUUGAUGAUGAGCAGAUCUGGCAACAACUGGAAUUGCAGAAUGAACCAAUUUUACAAUACUUCCAGAAUGCAGUUAGUGAAACAAUUAAAGAAGAAGACAUCAGUCUUCUCCCAGAGAGUGAAGAACAAGAGUGUGAAGAGGAUGAUUCAGAGAUGGAGGCUGAUGGCCAGGAGGACCUAGAACAAGUUUUGGAGCAGGAAGAAGCAUCAGACAUAGAUGCUGACAGUCCUAAAGAGGAUGAGAGAGCUAAAAACUCAAGUAAAUUUGAUCUGAGGAAAAGCCCAGUUUUCAGUGAUGAGGAUUCUGACCUUGACUUUGAUAUCAGCAAAUUAGAACAGCAGAGCAAGGUACAAAGCAAAAUGCCUAAGAAGUCAAGAGAAAAAUCCAUAGUAGAUGAUAAAUUUUUCAAACUAUCUGAAAUGGAGGCCUUUUUAGAAAACAUAGAAAAAGAAGAGGAACAAAAAAAUGAGGAGGAGGAUGAAGAUAUUGAUUUUUUUGAAGAUGUUGAUUCUGAUGAAGAUGAGGGAGGACUAUUUGGAAGUCAAAAACCUAAGUCAAGUAAAAGUUCCAGAAACCUGAAAUACAGAGAUUUCUUUGAUCCAGUUGAAAGUGAUGAAGACAUAGCAAGUGCUCAUGAUGAUGAGCUGGGUUCAGACAAAGAUGAGGAAGAAAUUGCUCAAGAAGCAGCAGAAGAACUAAGCAUUUCUGAAACGGAUGAAGAUAAUGACCUUGAAGAAAAUGAAGAUGAUAAACAACAUAAAGAAAGUUUGAAAAGAGUGACCUUUGCUUUGCCAGAUGAUGAGGAAACUGAAGAUACAAAUGUUUUAAAUGUAAAGAAAAAUUCUGAUGAAGUUAAAUCCUCUUUUGAAAAAAGACAAGAAAAGAUGAAUGAAAAAAUUGCAUCUUUAGAAAAAGAAUUGUUGGAAAAAAAGCCUUGGCAGCUCCAAGGGGAAGUAACAGCACAGAAGCGACCAGAAAACAGCCUUCUAGAGGAGACCCUGCACUUUGACCAUGCCGUCCGAAUGGCACCUGUGAUUACAGAGGAAACCACCCUUCAACUAGAAGACAUCAUUAAACAGAGGAUAAGAGAUCAGGCUUGGGACGAUGUAGUACGUAAAGAAAAACCUAAAGAGGAUGCAUAUGAAUAUAAAAAGCGUUUAACAUUAGACCACGAGAAGAGUAAAUUGAGCCUUGCUGAAAUUUAUGAACAGGAAUACAUCAAACUCAACCAGCAAAAAACAGCAGAAGAAGAAAAUCCAGAGCAUGUAGAAAUUCAGAAGAUGAUGGAUUCCCUCUUCUUAAAAUUGGAUGCCCUCUCACACUUCCACUUCAUCCCUAAACCGCCUGUACCAGAGAUUAAGGUGGUGUCAAAUCUGCCAGCCAUAACCAUGGAGGAAGUGGCCCCAGUGAGUGUUAGCGAUGCCACUCUCUUGGCCCCGGAGGAAAUAAAGGAGAAAAAUAAAGCUGGAGAUAUAAAAACAGCUGCUGAGAAAACAGCUACAGACAAGAAACGAGAACGGAGGAAAAAGAAAUAUCAAAAGCAUAUGAAAAUAAAGGAAAAGGAGAAGCGGAGGAAACUGCUUGAGAAAAGCAACCCAGAACAAGCAGGGAAAUACUCCAAAGCAGUAGCUUCGGAGAAGUUAAAACAGCUAACCAAAGCUGGCAAGGCUUCCUUAAUGAAGGAUGAAGGUAAAGACAAGGCCUUAAAGUCGUCCCAAGCAUUCUUUUCUAAAUUACAAGAUCAAGUCAAAAUGCAAAUCAAUGAUGCAAAGAAA